CAUGACAUCAUUUUAUUGCGUCGGUAUUCUUCGUCGGGUGUUGACGCAGAAAUAAAAGGCGAACCGAAGCGAACAAAUAAAACUGGUUUGUUAGAAACUUUAAGAAUUACCUGAAAACAGCUGUCUCGUGGAAUUUUACUGAGGGCAUUAAAACAUUGUUUUCUACCGAGUCAAUCAGCGGUCAAAUCUGAAAUGGAGUUCCUAUUUGGAAAGAGAAAGACCCCGGAAGAAAUGCUGAGGCAGAACCAGAGAGCCUUGAAUCGAGCCAUGAGAGAUCUCGACCGAGAGAGACAGAAGCUGGAGCAACAGGAGAAGAAAAUCAUUGCAGACAUCAAGAAAAUGGCUAAACAGGGCCAGAUGGAUGCAGUGAAGAUAAUGGCCAAGGAUCUUGUUCGCACCAGGCGCUAUGUCAAGAAGUUCAUCAUGAUGAAGGCAAACAUUCAAGCUGUCAGCUUGAAGAUUCAGACACUGAAGUCCAACAACAGUAUGGCGCAAGCAAUGAAGGGAGUCACCAAGGCUAUGGCAACCAUGAACAGACAGUUGAAGCUGCCGCAGAUUCAGAAGAUCAUGAUGGAGUUUGAGCGACAGAGUGAAAUCAUGGACAUGAAAGAAGAGAUGAUGAAUGAUGCGAUCGAUGAUGCCAUGGGAGAUGAAGAUGACGAGGAAGAAAGUGAUGCAGUUGUCUCCCAGGUAUUGGAUGAACUUGGUUUGAAUCUGUCUGAUGAACUGUCAAACCUACCAUCCACGGGGGGUAGUCUCUCAGUUGCUGGUGGAAAGAAGGCUGAACCGCAAGCAGCGCUGGCCGACGCAGAUGCUGACCUGGAGGAGAGACUUAACAACCUCAGAAGAGACUGAGAGAGAUGCUGUGUAUGGCCAGGUGUUACUACAGAUGUUGCAGUUUCCAAUGUAGUAAAGGAAAUUCCGGCCUCUAAGGAAAAUUUGUCAGAAAAUAUAUUUGUUUCUGAGUAUACAGUUUUAUUAAUGAAACAGUAAUUAUAUAGACUGAUAGCUAAGGGUAGUUUCAAGGGGUUCUUAUGUUCUGUUCUUUGGGUUGAAAAACUUACAUUCAGAGCCUUUUGUGAGCUUAUCUAAAGGCGAUAUAUUCUGCAGAACACCAAAAAGUUUUUGAUUGUGAUAAGUCUUUUUAUGCAAUUUUCUUUUAAUUAAAUUUGAAAUUAAAAUUAGGUUCUGUCUGAAAACACUAUUGAUUGAUGAUGUGAAGCUUAAAUUCACCUAUCCUGUAGCACAGCCUUGUUUUUUAUGAUAUCAAUGUACAUUUAUGAAAGAUUUCAGACUUCUGUGCUGUUCAAUGACAGAAGUAAAGGCCUUCUUUAAGUUGCAGUUUGUACCCCAUGGGAUAUUAUAGUAAUAUAUGAUUUGCUUAAAUGGAGAGGGAUGGUGGUGUUUUUCCUGGGUUUAUAUAAAAACAGCUUUACUGUUUAGGCUUUGUUCUUUGCUCAAUAAACUUUUUCAGACAUUUAAAAAAAAAAAAAAAGCUUCACCCUUUGGUCUGGUAUUUUGAUCACAGAAUUA